AUGGAAAUGCCGCCGGGCUGUGACUGUAGCCUGCACGCCUUCCCGCUCUGCUGGGCGGGGAGCUGCGUGUGCUGGGCGACGGCUACCACCUGCGGCCUCAGCUCAGAGACGGGCCUGAUAACCAGCCCCACUGCGCGCUCAGGGCUCAGCUGUCCCCAGGCCGCCCGCCCUGGAGCAGACGGAGGCCGUGGCGGAACCUUCCGGAGCCAAGAUAACAUUCUCGGUGAGAUGCACAGCUCCACGCAGACGGAGCCUGGCCUUUCGGCCUGUUGCCACGGCGGUGGAGGCCUCUGGUUCACGGGCACGGACACGGACACGUAUGCGCCGUGCCCCACGUAUAUUCUCCAGGACGGCCGCACGGCCGGCUGCCUGCUGGACGUCCCCGGGGACGAGAUGCUGUAUGUUUCCAUCUGGAACGGCACGUCCUCUGUUCUCACUUGGAACUCCUGGAUCCGGCUGUUCUUGAAGCCCAAUCCCCCCAAGGACCUGAGCUACCGCUGGCACGAGGACGCGCUCAAGGUGACGUGUCCCAAGCUGCCCUUCCCGGACUUGCUGUACGAAGUCCAGCACAAGAGCACCUUUGACAGCGAGUGGCAGGCCAAGGAGGAAGAGGCAUGCAAUGUAACGAUACAGGCUCUGGACGCCGAGAAAUGUUACUUAGUCCGGGCCAGGGUGAAGGCCAUGGAGAUCACCUACGGUUUCGACACGUACCCCAGCGACUGGUCAGAGGUGGCACAUCUGCAGGGGGCUGAGCUGCGAGAUUCCUGCCCGGAGAUAAGGCUCUUCCCAAAGUUCCUUUUAAUUUGUGGCAUGGUUGCCUUCCUGACCAUGGUCCUCGUCUUCCUGUUUGUGUGGAAGCUACGGAGGAUGAAGAAACUGCUGAUGCCCAGCGUGCCCGACCCCAAAUUCACCUUCCCCGGGCUGUUCGAGGCCCAUCGGGGAAACUUCCAGGAGUGGAUUAAGGACACGCAGAACGUGACCCAGCUGGACAAGGUGGAAGAGGGGGAGCAGGAGUGUGUGUUGGAGGAGGCCCCGUUGGUCCAGCACCCCAAGGCUGAGAUGGACACGUCCACGGACAUGACGACAGACCCCCUGUGCCUGCAGAUGGAGGACAAGGAAGCCCCCGGAGACCCCAGGCAGCCCCCGCAGCAGGCCCCCCAAGGCGAAGAGGUGAUCUCUCUCGGUGCCUUUACGUUUGUGAUGAGUGAUAACUCAUACGUGACGUUAUGAGGGGCUGCAAACUCAAAGCCAAUCUCGGGGCUGCGUUGAUAUUUAAAAGCCGCAGGGAGCUUCUUGGAGACUUAAGAGCCACCCAGCACCAUGAAGGGAACCCCCCGGACGAAGUAUGCCAACAUCUGGGGAGCACUGCAGACCCACACUGCCUAACCCGUGCUCUUAGCCCCUCGUGCCAUCUUUGUCAGCAUGCGAGGGCUCGAGCGUCAGUGGGAGACACUGGUGGGGGCCCUGCAACCACCUUCCAUCGUGCAUGCCCCCCGCCCACCUCCCACUCCAGCUCUUUCCCCAUUUCCACUUGCCAGCACUUUUUCUCCGAUCUUUUGUGACGUGGGCCAUGCACCCAGCAAGCGAAAGGCAUCGUGCUUUGCAGAUGCCAAUCAGCCACCCAGCUCUGGAUCCAAAUGGGGACAGACUCACUUGGCAGCAAUUGGGGUGUUUCCCGCCCCCCUCCCCGAGACUCUGUUCUUCUUCCCAAGUCCAUUCACACUCAGGACCUGGGUCUGUGACGGGGCAGAGACGUUUGAAUGUGAGGCCGCGCUGUGCCCGGCCGCGGGAAGCACCCCCCAACCCCCACACCCAGCGAGUGUAGGUUCUGUUCUUGCCUUUCUCGUUGAAAUAAAGAGAAAAAGAGAGAAGCACGCAGAGACUGGGGCAGCUACUGAGGUUCCUGCAGAUGGCGGAGGUCGUCUAUUGCUUUAUCUCCUUGUGUUUUGUGCACAGGAUGUUUCUCUGUUACUGAGAUUUGGGGUCAGGGAGCUGGCACGCAGUCGCCUCCUGUGUUCCUGCAGGGGGCCAUGAGUGACGUGGGUCAGAGGCCCGGACUCUGUG